UUGGAGAUAUUCGGCUAUUUAUUUGCUCUCUCUCGCUGUUUGUACAACCAUUUGUGACGCGUCCGUGCGCCUCCGCGACCCCCACCUCGCCCCCCGUCGCCGGGGGCGGCUGCAGCGCGGAGAGAGGGGCUUCAUCACUGUCACGAAUCCGGAUUUCCCCGGUCCCCUUUGCCGGCAGGGAGAGGGUGGGGAGGACCGCGGACGCGGGGUCAGUGGAAGAUUUCCUCGCUCGCCUGGACUCCCGAGGACGCGCGGGCCAAAUUGGGUUCCAAAAAACGACAACAACCCCUCCUCUGGAUCUUACGUGUUGAAAAGUCAAGCCAAUGUGAGCGCAGCCAUCGCCGCGGCUCUGUCGUCUCGACUCAGCAACUGUUGUACAGUCCGUUCCCUGCAUCGCUCGGAUCGACCCCUCUGUCCAGUCUCGUCGGUGUCCAGAGAGUCCGGCCUGCACACCAUCAGUCAGUUUUCCGCCUGUGUUGGUCUACUCUGAUGGAUCAGCAUGUCUACCAAUAAUAAUAUCGCCCAGGCCAGGAAACUGGUGGAACAGCUGAGGAUUGAGGCAGGGAUCGAACGCAUUAAGGUGUCUAAAGCAGCAGCAGACCUGAUGAGUUACUGUGAGCAGCACGCUCGCAGCGACCCUCUGCUGGUCGGGGUUCCCACCUCCGAAAACCCUUUCAAGGACAAGAAACCCUGCAUCAUCCUAUAGCUGCGUUCCACUCCUACACAUUCGCACACACACAAACACACACAUGCUCACACAUCCACACACACACACACACACACACAUUCAGCACUGAAAUUGAUCCCCAAACAUUUACAUGCAAACACACAACUUCAAGCACCCCCUGUCCAAUGCGACGGGGCUAUGUCUGACAUCCACACACACGCACACACACACACACACACACACUCCCAAACGAGCCACUCUGGAAAAGCGCCAUACCCCCGAGCCGCGGCGAAGGGGCCGGUAUCAUACGCUCCCAGUGGCUGAAAUCAAUAUAUCACUGAGUAUGAUCCAAGGUGCUUUGGUAAUAUUCAUAUAUGCUGGUAAACAAGUGUCAUCUUAACUUUAAAAGGGAUUUGGGAUUAUUUGUUUGACCUUUUUUUGUCGUCCUGAAAUGAGGGCCUGGGUGAAGGGUGGGCAGCUGUACCAUAGGCAGGGAGCAGGAGGAUGCACGUGGCCAACAUUAAAUGGGCGGUAGGUGCUUCUUCCAACCGCGCCCCAGUAAAAGCUCAAUAAUAGCUUCCUUCUUUUUUUUUUGUGAGAGUUAAAAAGGUCUGAGAGCUUCUGUCCUCAAAAACCCGCCUGUGCUAAAUCAUGGCGAGGCCUUUUGGAGCAACUGGCCAAAGCCUUUGCCUUUUAUCGGACUCUAGCAUGUUCCCACCCAAACCGGUAUCAACAGACCUUCUCUGCCUGGGGCCGUCUCCGGCCCUUUGGCCGACCCUCCAGCCGCGUGCCAAUCUGAUGCCGAUCCGCUGUCGCUGAUUCUGGCUGCUGUUGGCUGGAGUCCGUGUCUCAAGCCGACCUCAGAUCUGCACCUGCAGGAGGUCAACACAGCUCGACACGGAACUCGAGCCACUGGCCCCCGGACGUUCACUGCAUUUUUCUUAAGAGAGACUUGUUUGUGAAUUCAAUGUACGUUUUGAUAUUUUGUUGAAGCAAUUACUUAACAGAUGAGAUACAUUUUUUUAUUAUUGUUUUUGUUUGUGAAUCAGGUUUUGCCCCCUGGUCGAUCGAGUUUCCUUUCCCCGCUAGAAACGGGAGGAGAUCUGACUGUGAGCCGAGGGGUGAUACCUGAACAGAUACCUGCUGGCAUCUCAAAGGUUUCUGCCAUACACCGAGCCUCCCUGUGCUUCACCCUGAAAGAGGGCGAGGUGGCAGACUCUGACCACACCCGGGACAGCAAGGCUGGGGGAGGAAUCCCAAAAUGAAAAAAACAAAGAAAUGAAGCUGUCCCGAACGGUGAAACGGAAGCUUUCUUGUCUCACCUUGUGAGGUGUUUGUGAGGUUAAGGGGAAGAGAAUAAAAUGAGAGAUGGGUUUCAUUCGCGAGUGCAAAGUUGGAGGUGUUUGUUUCAUUUGCCUCUGCAGUGGAGAAGGGGAACUUGUCUCGAUACAAAUAUAAUCCUGGCAAUGAAUCUGACGGAAUGAAUAUUUCUUGGCCGUGCCAGUCGUUAAAGUUUCCCUCUUGUCCUUUGCUCCUCCACACGAUGCUCCUUAUUUUCUGAAAAACCAAACUUGAUUGUAAAAAACUGAAGAUGACGUGGGGGGGGGGGGGGGGGGGGGGGUGUAUAAACUUUCUUUCCGACAUGUGCAGAAGUGAUAAGUUGAAGAGUAGCUGUUUUGGGUUUAUUUUGGAGUUUUCUUCUCUCUAUGGAGUCCAUGGAACCUGGUCAGUUGAGUAUUACCCUGUACAGUGUUUGUAAGAUACAGAAUCUGAACACAGAAAUCCCCCUUUCUGUGGAUGUUGGAUUUUUUCUUUUUUCUUUUGUAGUACUCCUUAUUCUGUUCCGUCAGUCAGGAUCAUGUCCGUCUUCAUUUAUUUAUUUUUCGUCUUGUCUUUUCAGAGGCUUUUGCGAUGGCGGAGGGUUGGUUUUUCCACAGCAGAUACAAAUAGAACCGCGACAAUAAUGCACGUCCGCGUCGGCCGAAGACUAUUUGCUGUUGUCGGAUGAAUCAACAUCCGACCUCAUUCCAGUGGCACGAACCAACCUCCUGAUCUGUCCCUUGACACCGGGAGCGGCCCGCAGGCUUUGAGUUCUCUUCCAGUGUUGACUGAGGUGGGCGACAGACAACGAGGACAACGCACACACUCGCUUGCAUCUGCUCUUCAGACUCGAGGGGAUGAUUGUCAGAGGUCAAAAGUUAAAGGAGCUGUUGGGGCCGAGCGCUGAGAGCUGGUUUUGGCGGUUAGUUGCUGAAAGAAUAGAGCUUUUGUGUGCGUCAUAUUUACACUUGAGCAUUUCGCUCGAGGCUUUUGUCGGGAGUCACAUACAGUGACAGGGCAGGGUGGGGUCACUCCGCGCAGGACUUACCACUGCUGACGGACCGUCGUGGGGGCUGGGCCCACCGCUCUGUUCUCGUAAUCACUGGGUCAACAUGACCCACCCGUUGCACUGGGUCUUUCUGGGAGUCAGGAGUUCCUCGAGGAGGCGGUGAGAGGUGAGCAGUCUGUUGGAGUGUUAGCGGCUCCUCGCCCGCUCAUCUACGAGUGUGUGCCCGGGCGUCAAAGGCCACUUGGGAAAACCCUGCAAAAAUAUCCACCUUAGGAAUUGAUUUAGCGCUGUAUUCGGCCCCAAAGUGUUAUUGCUCUUCACGUUUCUCCUGAAUUAUCUCUGCAGUAUCUUGAAAAUAGCUUCGAGAGUGAGAGUAGACGAUUGACACCACUCAUGUCUUAUAGCUUAAUUUUUAACAGAAAAACGUGAGAGUGGUGUUAAUUUCUGUUACCUAACUGUCGGCAAGAGUUAGGUAAAAGCCCUGCUUCUUCAUCUUUCAUUCGCCUUUGUUGCUCACAAAGAGAGCAGGCCGCUCCCAACGCUCAGAGAUAGUAGCAGCAGCUGGAUAAAGGCCACAGUGAGGGUAGCUGAGGGUGUGUGUGUGUGUGUGUGUGUGUGUGGGGGGGGGGGGGGGGGGGGGGGGGGGGCUGAAAAGAAGGAUUUGGCAGAGCAGUGUGCAGAGAAGAGAAGAGAAACGUGCAUGCAUGUGUGCGUGCUUGUGUGUAUGUGUGUGUGUGUGUGUGUGUGUGUGUGUGUGUGCGUGCGCGAGCGUGCAUUUGUGUUUUUGCAAGAGAGACACUGUGUAAGAACACACAGGAGCCACGGUGCUCUGCAGUGUCACAUAGUAAUGUUACAGCGCUGCAGUUCUGCCACUCCAGGUCAUGGUGACUCUGACCGGAGGAGGGCUCAUGUCACACUGUGUGAGUCAGCGCGGCACGUAUUGGCCUCCGCUCCGCUCCGCUCUUUUUUUUCCUCUAUCAGUCAGGGGCCAGUGCCAGCGUUUUUCGGAGAAACGUAACUACAAUGGUUCAUCUCGGAUGUGAUGACCGAUAAUAAAAACCCUAAUAAUAGUCACAAAGCAGACAAAUGCAUUUGUUUUGAUACUCUCUGUUUCGGUUGUUGCUCUCUCUGAGCCCGUCUCAGCUGUCUCAGCUACUAUUACACCACUCAUUUCAGCCUUAAUGACCCCAAGGCACAGUCAGACAUUUUGGGAAAUGCACUUAUUUGAUUUCUUGCCAAGUCUUAAAUCAGGGGCCACCUGACCUAUAGAGACUGGGUGGAGCAGCCUCUCAAGUCCACCGACUGACAUGAAGCCAAGAGACUCCACAACAUUACUGCAACCCGGCCAAGAAGCAGACCAGCUCAUAACACCCUGGAAUAAUCACCAAUUGUCUUUUUUUUUGUUCUUUUUUUUUUUUUUUUUUUUACCAAUUUGUCUUUUUUGUACAAAUCAAACAAACGAGACAGGAAAGGUUUCUUGGGGAGCUUUGGAGCAGCUGCCAGGCCGAGUUUGUUAUUUUGCGAAAACAGAGGCAGGCUAGCCGUUUCCCCCACUUUCCAGUCUUUAUGCUAAGCUAAGCUAACCGACUGCUGCCUCUAUCUUUUGCAUUUUGGCGAACAGACAUGGCAAAGCGAGCGAGCGCAUUUCUCCAAAAUGUAAAAAAUCAUAUACAUUUCUUUGUCUUACCUGUGGAGACAUUUGAAGAGAAAAAACAAGGAAGGAGUUUCGAGAAAUAUUUCAUAUUUAGAAAGGCAAAUGAAAUUCAAACUACAACUGCAGCUGACCUACACGACAUAAAACAAGCAUGCAUAACACACACUAACACUAACACUACACUGAUGUUGUCCUGAUGGUGUCUGACAGAUGCUGAUUUUUGUUUUUUUCUAAUCAUCAUUGUUUUUCAAUCAUUCCAUAGCUGGUUGGGCUUACAAUCAGAGACAGCCAUGCUUAAAUCGCUGGUCUGGCUGACAGUUUGUCUGAUUGGUUGGUUGUUAGUUUGCCUUAUAGUGGCGUAUAUUGUGUUAAUGCUGGUGUUGGGGUUAUCAGAUCCACAGAAUGAGCAGUCUCUCGUGUGGGACACAUGGCUCGAGACGGAAAAAUUCCACUGGCGCCGUGACACAAAGCGAGCCCGGUUGAAAGUCAUGUGUGGUCAGGUGCGGAGAGCCGAGGCUCCUCGCUGGUGGACUUUUCAUAUCAAACAUCACCGAAUCGUCUCCGAGCCCUUUCCGAGACUCAUAUUUUGUGUUCUGAUCUCCUGUGUAUGCAUACAGUAUAUGUAACUUUUUGCCUUGAUUGAUUAUGAAGAAAAUAUAUCUAUUUUUUGUAACUGUUCUCUGAUGUGCCAUAACUCAUGUUUUUCUUGCACACUGUUAAUAUUUUGUGGAUAUUGCUGUUUAAAAAAAAAGACGAUAUUGAGAAGUAGAUGACAUUAAUAAAAAGAUGAUAUAAUAACA